GGGUGCAGCAAUAAAAAACAGACCCAUCGUAGCGGAGGCUUUAAUGGCAGCGCUCGUGAUGUUGAUUACAGCCUGAAAAUACCUACCAUACCUACUAGCGGUCCAUUGGGGCAAGCAGAACAGACCUUGCGACAUGCCGACAUGGAGUCGUGCCGAAGUGGAGAGGGAGAACGACGCGCGCACGGAUUGGUCGAACCCUCGCUCGACUCGACGAUGGUUGGCUGAGAUUCCCUGCGAGCAGGAGAAAGCGGCGGAACCUAUAAAAGCACAAGCUAGAGCCUCUUUCUCGCGAUUAGUGUUUGAGGAGUCUGUGGAGUCAGAGUGCGGAGUGAUGCGGGCGAGAAGGAGAACACGAGCCUGACUAACCAACUGCGGAGUGCGACUGUGCGCGCUCGGGCGAAAUUGUAUUUGGAAAAGAAGCCAGAGAAGAGAGACGAGGCGACUGGGAGCGCGACGCCCGCGACGACGACGAGGAAGGAGAGUAACGAGGGCACGGGGCUGCGAGUGCGAGCAUACGGUGCGUGCGCGCCUAACACGUUCGUCGGAUCUCGCCCGCGGCGGGAGAGAGGAUCAUUGUGUUCCCCGGGGAGUUCUCCCGUGGAGAAGGCGCGCGGGGAGCGCAACGGGGCGAGGCCAGGUGCGGCCCGAACGCGGGGACGCCGGGACGCCUGGCCAAACAAACGCGAACGGCCCGUCGUCCGCCAUCUUGGUCAGCGAGGUGUCGUUGUUGUCCGCUCCGGGGAACGGACGGGGCGAGGCGGAGCGGCCGCGGGCGGAAGGAUAGCGAGGUACUAGGGUGGCUAACGGUCACCGAAUGUGGUCGAAUUUGCGAGGAACGCGUACUGGGAGGACAGCGAGAGAAGAGGAGCACGAGGCGAGGUAGCAUCGCGCGAACAGCUCCCCCGGGGUGCCCCGCCGCGCUUAUCCCACCGCGUCGUCACCGUCGUCGUCCCCACUACCGCGCUGCCCUGGAUACUGUGAUUAUUGCGCAGUUGGAAAAAUUGUUGGGCAGGGACGCGGCGCAUCGUCCACGAGAGGCGGCCAGCAAACGUUUACUGGCCGACGAGUUGGCUAAGUGAGGAGGUGCAGUGCGACAGAGAGAGAGAGAGAGAGAGAGAGAGAGAGAGAAAGAGAGAGAGAGUGAGAGAGAGAAAAAGAGAUAGGUAGACAAACAUCCGAGCCAUGACGAACUCCGCGCCCAAGUUAGACAACGCCAAGGUGGAUCGGCAGGCCUCGCCGAAGGUCGGGUAUCAACCCCAGCACAACCACCAUCAUAAUCGUUCCAACAGUAAAUCGUCACCGACGGCCGGCAGAGCUGCAGUCCGUACAGCCCAUCGUCCAAGAGCGCGAGAAACUCGCCGCAACAACAGCCGCAACAGCAGCAGCUGCAACCCCAACAACCAACAGCAGCUGCAGCAGCAACGGCAACAACAGCAGCCGCAACAGCAGCAGCAGCAGCAGCAGCAGCAGCAACAGCAGCAACAGCGUUGCGAGCAGUACAGUCCGAGCAGCAGCCCGACCAACAAUUUCUACGCGGGCGCAAAGUUCUCGGAAACGCCAUCACCUGCGAGCGUGCCCAAGCCGCCGAGUCGUUGGACGGCGAGCAGAUUGGUGAACGGCUGCCGCCAGUUGAACAGCGCGAGCAGCGAGUACACGAGGCAACUGCGUAUAGUGUUGAACGUCCAGGCCUGAUACCCGAAGACCAAUAACGCAUACGCCAGCAACGCGCGAGGAGAGAGAGGCGGCCGUCGGCAGCUUUCAGGGAAUCAGGUACGGUAGGGAAUCGUCGUCGACAAAAAAAAAUCAUCGGCCAGGCGGACUGCGGGAUUAAGAAGGGACGAUGAUAGCGACGGCGAUGAGAAUGCAUGUGAAGAUUGCAAUGACGACGAUGAUGGUGACACCGUGUGCGGUUCUUAUACACA